AUGGAAAACAGCACAACCGCCGCCACCAGCCAACCCGUGGACCACCACCAGGACAAGCUGCGUGUGCGGGACCUCUACAAGGAACUGGGCGAGGCCGGCCUCCAGGCCAUCUCGCAGGAGUUCUACGACCGGGUCUAUGCUGAUGACGAGGAGCCGUGGUUCCGGGACAUGUUUGUGGUGACGGCCGCGACGCCCAAGGACCUGGCGGUGUUCUCCCAGCUGAGCUUCUUCGUGCAGCGUUUCGGCGGCGACCCCUACUACGGCGGCCUCCAGAAGGACUCCACCUUCAUCCGCGAAGUCCACAGCCACUUCCGAGUCACUCCGCGCGGCUACGAGCGGUGGAUGCAUCACAUGAAGAACACGCUGGGCGUGGUGGACCUGGGUCCGAGAGGGGACGAGGUGCGCGAGGUGCUGCUGAACUACUUCUCGGCCUUUGGGAAGUCGACCAUCAACGCCAAGAAGGACGACGAGGAGGGCGAGCUGCGACCGCGCACCUUGUCCAACGAGGUCCCCACCGACAAGAAGAAGAAGAAGCAGAAGCAAAAGGCAGAGAAGGAAAAGAAGGAGAAGAAGGAGAAGAAGGAGAAGAAGACAAAGAAAUCGAGCAAGAAGGACAAGAAGGGCGACCAGUGA